UCAUGCUGCUGCCGGGUCCAGAGUCUCUCAGGGGCCCCCUGUACGGCCCCCCAUUCGCUGUCUCCAUCGCCACCCCCUUCCAGGGCCCAUUUUCAGGUUCCUCACACUGGGGUGUGUUCCUUUUUUUGUCAUGGGGUUUCUGGCAGUUUUCCCGGGCCUUUCCCUUUGUGCUGCCAGGCCCCUAAUUUCCAGGGCCCCCCUUACCACCUCCUCAUGCUGCUGCCAGGUCCCCACAGUCUCUCAUGGGUCCCUUUACGGCCUCCCCCAUUGCUGCUGUCUCCAUCGCCACACUCUGCCCCAACUGUACCUUGCUCUUUCAGGUCUCCUCACACUGCGGGUGUGUUUUCCAUUUUU